AUGGGUUUAGCAAUCUGUGAUCCCUGUGGCCCAAAGGUCAAACUUCCCUGCGAGACAGGGGGGAAGAAAAUCAGCAGCUGUCGCUCCCUCACCUCCCUCGAUCUGUUUGGCCUCACGCGACACUCCUCUAAUCUUUUAGCCUCUCUGCCCUCUGCUGCAUCUGCUGAACCACGCUAUGCAGAGGAGGAGUCCCCGCUCAGCUGCUCAGCUGCAAACCUGGAUCUCAAGGACAGCCAGGACUCUGAGGACCCCACAGAAUACUGUUAUGGAGGAUACCACCCUGUCCAGGUUGGUGACACCUUCAACAGAAGAUACCAGGUGGUGUCUAAGCUCGGCUGGGGCUAUUUCUCCACCGUCUGGCUGUGUCUGGACCUCAGGUUAGGUCGACAUGUUGCUGUGAAGGUGUUGAAGAGUGGAGCUGGCUUCACCCAGGCAGGACAGGAUGAACUGGCUCUCCUCCGAUGUGCCAGUCGUCCAACGAGCCGUCAUCCCUCCAGCCAAAGGAUUGUUCAGCUGCUAGAUGAGUUUAAGCUGGCCGGGGUCAACGGAGUCCACAUGUGCCUGGUGCUGGAGCUGCUGGGGCCUGACCUGAGAAGCUGGCAACUCUGUUUUGGGGAUCCAGGACUGUCGCAGCUGUGGGUCAAACAAAUUCUUACUCAGGUUCUGCAAGGCCUGGACUACCUUCACACUCAGUGUAAAAUCAUCCACACAGACAUCAAGCCAGAGAACAUCCUGCUGUGCCUGGAGCAGCAGUCCCGCAAAGUACCAGCGGGGGGCAGCAGCUCCUCCUCUGUGCCGACUGGGAAGGAGGCCAAGUCCACAGAGAAGAAGCAGGUAAACCCAUGCAGUUUAAAGGAAGUCACAGUGAAGAUUGCUGACCUGGGCAGCUCCUGCUGGGUGUACAAACAUUUCUGUGAGGAGAUCCAGACCCGACAGUAUCGUUCACUAGAGGUUUUACUGGGAUCUGACUACGGCCCGCCUGCUGACAUCUGGAGUGUUGCCUGCAUGGCCUUUGAACUGGUCACUGGAGACUCCCUGUUUGAACCCAAAGCCUGUGAGUCCAUUUCCCUUGAGGAAGACCACAUAGCUCAGAUCAUGGAGCUGCUUGGUAAAAUCCCACCAGCUGUUGCCUUGUCAGGGAAAUACUCUGCAGAGUACUUCAGCCGCAGAGGUGACCUUCGUCGUGUCAGUCCACUGAGGCUCUGGAGCCUUUAUGAUGUUCUGGUGGAGAAAUAUCACUUCCUGUUGGAAGAGGCCUCUGGAUUCUCUGACUUCCUUCUUCACAUGUUGGAUUAUCAUCCAGAGAGGAGGGCCACUGCUGCAGCAUGCCUCCGCCACCCCUGGCUGACCUCAUGAUAGCCCUGUAAAGACUAUGUAUAGGCCUCAUACCCAUCUGCAGUCCUUACAACCAGAUGCUUUCAGUAGCUAGAACUGGAUCAUUUCACGUCAUCUGUGAAUUUAUAUACA